UUCCCGGAAGUCUCGCGAUGUUGCGCCUCUGGGCUGAGAAACUCUCAUUAGUCUGUUGGCCGACUAGCAUGUACUUAACUGCAAAUGUUUGAUUCAGAUGUUGGCGUAUUCAGUCCUGUGAUGUUUAACGAAGACCGAGGGAUUAUUUUUAAGUGUAAAACAGGAAGCGGACGACUGGCAAGCUGGUAACAUUACAGUACAGGUGUCCUGCUGCAAUGUCAAGGCGGAGCAGGAACAGCCGGGCAUGGCGUUACGUAUGGAGUGGAAUACGGCGAGACGCUGAUUCCCGAGUGCAGGUACUGGCCUCAGAGAGUCAGGAGUGGGGCUACGAACGCUUACAGUACAGUGACUCAGACUCUGAGCCAGACUACCGGCUCGUGGUGCCACCGGUCCCCAGUGCCGUGCCCGUUACCGGAGAGUCGUACUGCACCUGCGACUCCCAGGCCGAGCCUAGCUACAACCCACGUCUCCGGGGCUUCCACCGCAUCAAAGACUGCCACUGUGGAGAGGAAGACCAGGACUUCGACUGGGUGUGGGACGACAGUAACCGCUCCACGGCCACGUUGAUGACCUGCGACAACCGCAAAGUCAACUUCCACACAGAGUACAGCUGUGGCACAGCAGCCAUCAGAGGUUCCAAGGAGCUGGCAGAUGGCCAGCACUUCUGGGAGAUCAAGAUGACAUCACCAGUGUACGGGACAGAUAUGAUGAUAGGCAUCGGAACCUGUGACGUGAACCUGGAUAAGUACAGACAUACCUUCUGCAGCCUGUUGGGGAAAGAUGAUGACAGCUGGGGUCUCUCCUACACUGGUCUGUUGCAUCAUAAAGGAGACAAGGUGAACUUCUCCUCACGUUUCGGCCAGGGCUCAAUCAUCGGAGUGCACCUGGACACAUGGCACGGAACACUCACCUUCUUUAAGAACCGCAAGUGCAUAGGCGUGGCGGCUACGGCGCUACAGAACAAGCGUUUCUACCCCAUGGCGUGUUCCACAGCAGCCAAGAGCAGCAUGAAGGUGAUCCGCUCCUGCUUCACACCCACUUCCCUGCAGUACCUGUGCUGUGCUCGCCUCCGCCAGCUCCUCCCUGAGUGCCCAGACACCCUGAGCGUCCUGCCGCUGCCCCCUGGCCUGCGCCACCUGCUGCACAAUAAGCUGGGCUGGGUCCUCAGCCUCAACAACGGCCUCCUGGGGGUCCCAGAGGGGGAAGAAGGGAGGGUGGGGGGCUUGGGGUCUGACUCAACCCCUACGCCCCCCUUGGCCGGGGCCUUGUCCUCUGAAAGCGAUGACUCUGAGGGGUGUUCGUCGGACCCUGAGGCAUGUCAGAGGAAGAGAUGCCGUUGGACGUGACUGGAAUCCGACGUGACCCCCAAUGUAAACACAUGGGGUGUGUCCUAAAUGACACCCUAUAGUGCACUACUGGCCAAAGGCCCAUAGGACUCUUGUCAAUAGGGUGCCAUUUGGAUUCAGCCAUGAACUGGACUGAAUCCCUGCCCCCUCCCUGAGACACACUCUCAAGUUAUAAUCCCUUACACACAUACGCACGCACACACGUUACCGUUAAUGGGUGAACCCAGGACCUGGGGACAGUGUUGUGGAAACAUUUGAAUCAAGAUCAAACAAAGACCUAUGGCCAAACUUCAGUGUACAUUAACAGUAUAUGCAACAAGAAGAAUGACAUGGAAUCAAUGAAAAGAGACCAAGUGCAGAAUUAUGUGAAUUGUCACCAUGCUUCUUCCUUGUAUAUGAACAGCUGGUUGGAUUGCUAUAGGAGUGGCCCGUAAAGGCCAUAUUUUAAGUUUCUGUUUUAGCUGACCGAAGAACGAAAGUUGAGUUGUCAAAAUGUCAUCUCCGGGACAUUUACUUGUUACAUUUAUAUGUUCUUGCUCUGCAGGUAAUACACAGUUCAAGUAAUCAGUUUGACAGUUAUGAAUACUCAGUGAAACAAAGUUAUUUUGUUGUUAAUCAACACAUUUGUUUCGGAGCAGGAGCAAACUUUUAUUCUUUCUUUUAUUUAGAUCAGCUUGACAAUGUAUUCCCCUGAAUUAUUUUUGUCAUAUCGACACAACUUUUUUCUUUAUUUUUGUAACACAAAAUGAUUCAUUUUUCCACUCAAUACUGCUGUCGUAUUAGAUAUUGGUUGGGGGAGUGAUGACUGUUAUACACACCCUCUAUGUUGAACUGUGAGUAGUCAUGCACCGUUCUUAUACCGACCUCCCUGUUAUGCUCUACUUCUGCUUGAUGGUAGACUCAUGUCUGUUAGUCACACAGACAUUUGCUUUAGUUGUCACCCCUGUGCAUCCAAUGGUUGGGCUGCAGACAGUUUACUGAAUAAAGAAGGCAAAGGGGGUAGAAAAGGGGUGUCCACAUAUUAUAAUAAAUAUAUGUGUAUUUUUCAGUGUACAAUGUUUAUUUUAUGCAUCAAAAUACUUGUAUAUACCGUGCAUUUGGAAACUAUUCAGACCCCUUGACUUUUUCCACAUUUUAUUACAUUAGCCUUAUUCUAAAAUUGAUUCAAUUGUUAUUUUUUCUCAUCAAUCUAUACACAAUACCCCAUAAUGACAAAGCAAAAACAGGUUUAUAGAAAUGUUAACUUAAAAAAUUGUUUUUUAUAAAUUUGCUAUCACAUUUACGUAAGUAUUCAGAGAAGGUUUUCAUCAAGGAUCACACUAUACUUUGCUUAGUUUCUUUCCCUCAAUUCUGACUACUCUCCCAGUCCCUGCCGCUGAAAAACAUCCCUCCAGAAUGCUGCCACCACCAUACAUAAAGGCCUGAUUGGUGGAGUGCUGCAGAGAUGGUUGUCCUUCUGGAAGGUUAUCCAAUCUCCACAGAGGAAUUCUUGAGCUCUAUCAGGGUUCUUUGGGUCUUGGUGGUUCCAAACUUCUUCCAUUUAAGAAUGGAGGCCACUGUGUUCUUGGGAACCUUCAAUGCUGCAGAAAUGUUUUGGUACCCUUCCCCAGAUCUGUGCCUCGACACAAUCCUGUCUUGGAAGUCGACGGACAAUUCCUUCGACCUCAUGGUUUUUGCUCUGAUAUGCACUGUCAACUGUGGGACCUUUAUAUAUACAGGUGUGGGCCUUUCCAAAUCAUGUCCAAUCCACAGGUGGACUCCAAUCAAGUUGUAGAAACAUCUCAAAGAUAAGAUCAAUGGAAACGGGAUGCACCUGAGCUCAAUUUCGAGUCUCCUAGUAUAGGGUCUGAAUACUUAUGUAUAAGGUAUUUGUUUUUUAUUUUGAAUACAUUUGCUAAAAUUUCUAAAACAACUCUGUAAUGUUACAAAUUGGAAAAAGUGAAGGAGUCUAAAUACUUUCCCAAUGCACUGUAUAAACGGGAUAUAUAAAUGGAUCUUCUAUGCUAUGUAAUGUUCAUACUGUAUGUGUAGGCCUUUAUUCUUAUCUUGAUCUCUGUCAAUCUUUCUCUCCAAUAAUGUAUAUCUAAAGCAUGGCCUUUGACUGAAACUAAGAUGAAUAGGUAAAAUAUGCACAGAACUAAUCGCUGUAUUGGCAAGGUUUUUUUUUGUUGGUCAAAUUAUCUGUGCUUUUUGCCUUUUUUCCCCCUGGUUCCAGCAAAUGUUUAAUCUUUAAUAAUCAUUUACAUUCAGUAUUCUCUGUUAGGUUGCAAUAACAAUAUAAAUCUUAUGUUUGCACACCAAUGUUCCUCCCAAUAACUAAGGAUUAAGUAAGUAAUGUUUGCUGGUCUAAAGAACCUACAAUGGCACAAUGCAAAUACCUUGGCAUAUCAACAUCAAAUAAAAUACAAAUCAACCUUU